AUGAGUACCGCCACGGUGCCCUGGAGACCACCCGGCAUCGAUGCUACGCGUCAACCUUCACCACAAGAGGAGAGCUCUCACAAAUUGGCACAUAGUUUCACCUUCUCCUACUUUCAUGCACCGCGGAAUUUUGAUGGAGAAGACUACAGCGGGCAUGUACAACAGCUGGCAGUGGUAAAUACUGUCGAAGAAUUCUGGCGUGCCUAUUGCCAUAUUCGGCGGCCCGGCGAUAUCAAUACGAAGCUCGACCUGCACUUUUUCAAGGCAGACAUCCGGCCGGUUUGGGAAGACCCGGAAAACGUGGAGGGUGGCAAGCUGUUCUGGCGCAUCAAGGCCAACUUCGCCGACCGGAUUUGGGAGAAUAUGCUGUUGCUCCUGGCCGGCUACCAAUUUGAGGACUCUGAAGACAUUGCCGGUGUCGUGUGCACGAUGCGAGGCCGAGAGCGCAUCCUCUCCAUUUGGCACCGCAGCAAAAAGACGCAAGAAGAGGUCGAGCGGUUCGCGGAAGUGGUGUCGGCCCAAUUGGAGAUGCCCAGCAGUGUUGUCUGGCUUCACAAGAGUCAUGUGGAAAGCUUCAAGAAACGACGAUCUUACCAC